ACACAAACAUGCUUACACGCAUCCCCUACUGCUGGCAGACCAGGGCAAUGCAGGAGCGGCAGCAGCAGCUGCUCUGACACAUCCUGGCGUGACAAACACACACCGAAAAGGCAGGAGGAAAGGAGGAGGAAGAGGAGAAGAUAAGAAGGAGGGGAGGGAGGAGGAGAGGAGGAAGAGAGACAGGGAAGGACAACUCUGUGAAAAGGACACCAGAGGACAGGAGAAGAGGAAGAUGAGGAAGAGGAGCAUGGAAGGAGAGCAGAGGAGACAGGGUGUUGCAGCCAUGUCAGACACACCUUUGCAGAGGAACGGCACAGCGACCGCACCGAUGUCGUGUGAGGAGGCUCAGCUCCACAAAGAGAGGUUGCAGGCCUUGGCGGAGAAACGAAAAUGGCAAACUGAGAUUGAAGACAAAAAAAGCCAACUUGAUGACCUGGUACUACAACUACAACAUAUCAAGUCUAAAGCCAUGCGUGAGCGAUGGCUCCUCCAGGGCAUGGGUGUGGAGGAGGAGGAGGCACGACGGAAACAGCUGGAACAGGAUGAAGAACAAGGGAAGAAGCUGGAGGACAUCAUACAGAGGCUGGAGCAUGAAAUUGGUACACUUGAGAGUGAAGAGUCUAAAAUCUCUGCUAAAGAACAGGUUCUACGGGAACGUCUGAAAGAGACAGAGCUCUCGAUAGAAGACUUGCAGAAGAGUCUGAUGUCCCAGGAUGGAGAUUCCACCGGCUGCAUGUCCGUCCCACCUUCUGAACGCACAGACCCUGAUCCUGACCACCUCGUGCUGGUGCCACAGCCUCGGACCAGCCUACCUGACUCAGGAGAGCACGCCAUACCAAGAACUGCAAUGUUUGCCAUGGAGAUCAACGUACAGCAUGACCCAAAGACUGGUGAACGGCGCAUCCUGUCAGCCAACCGUGUGAACCCAUUGGAUGCAGCGUCACGCGGUGUCAAAGUCUAUGAUGACGGCAGAAAGGUGGUCUACGAGGUCGCUUCUUCUGGGGGUGUGUCCACUACUUCUGUGGAGAACGGCUGGAGCUCUGCACAGGUUGACCAACUGAUCCACCAUGUUGCCAGACCUGUUGCACAAGGAGGAGAUGGCGAGAAAGGUCAGAUGACAGUGACCCCAGCUGCCAUGCCAGCCUAUGUUUCCCCAGCAGAUGCUGAUGAUCUGUCCCCGCCUUCCUGCGCCCCACCAUCCAUCCCUUCCAGUCCACCAGCCCAGGUCACCCUCCAAAGGGAGACCCAGCUAGGCAUGAUGCCCCCCUCUGCUCCCAUUACAACUCAACCCAGUUCCUCAGCCCACCAGAGCAAUGAGUUCACCUCCCCACCCCAAGCCACUGCUGAGCACCCAGUCACCAUGGUGUUCCUUGGCUACCAGGACAUUGAGGACAUGAGCGAGAGCAGGCGGCUGCUAGGUUUUGACGGCGCGGUGAAAGCCGAGGUGGUUUUGAUUGAUGAAGACGACGAGAAAUCUCUGAGGGAGAAGACGGUCACUGACCUAUCUGUCAUCGAUGGCACAGCAGCUGACCUUGUGUCAGGGAGGCCGGCCACAUCUGAGGGCGCCAGUACAGAACUGUCAUCUGACUGCCGUGAGCCUGACAGCGCGUCCUCACCCCCUGCAAAUCCCGAUCUUAGCACACACCCCCCGCCAGGCCUCACCCCUGCCACAGGUACAGACAAGAGGAAACGGUGCGAGUGCUGCAUCCUCAUGUGACUGACAAUUUUAUUAUUACCCACAACACCCCUCUCUUUUCCUCUCUCUCUGGAUGGCUACUAACAGAUGUCAUGCCUUCCUCCUCCUCCUCCUCCUCCCCCUCUUCCGGACUCUGAUCAGCUGGCACACACAUGCACGUAUAAAUGCUCUUAUCUGACCUUUGACUUUUUACUCAGCUUCAUUAUCACCUCUACAUCUUUGCUCUUUUGUUACCCUCUCUGUCAACAUGGAGGCUGUGCCCUCACACCUCACUUCUCCUCUAACAACAUCAUAUGUUUCAUAAAUUCAAUUCCACAUUGAUGUGUAGGACUUAAUGUGCUGCUGUAGUUAUGGUGAAAUCAGACAGAGAUGAAGAAAACUGAUGUUUGUUGACAAACAUCUUAAACCAGGUUCUACGUAUAAAGCUCUUCUCAGUGGUCAAUAAGACUUUAUGGACAAUCAGUCACAUUGCCAUGACCAUAACUGUAUGCCUGGCUCUAAGGACAAUCACUCAGAUCACCACCUUGUAAUAAGUCAGUUUAUAAAACACAUGGCAGUCCGUGUUAUUAUUAUUUUUUUUAAGUUCUCUACUCUUCCCAUAUCCUUUUCCCUGUCCUUGUUCAACAGAUUCUCUCCUAUUGUAUCCAGACAUGCACAUAUACACAACGCGUACCCAACCUUCGAUCUCAAACAAUUCGCACUCCCUUUGUUGUACAGACUCUCUCUGACCAGGGCAGAGGGGAGUGUACGUGUUGCCUUGGGUACUUUAUGUGCCUCUUCAUUUUUCCACAUUGAUAACAAAAAAUGAGAGCUAGAAGUUUCUAUUAGAGUUUUAUUUCAAUUUGCUGUUGUAAUCUAAUUUUUUCCUUCUGUUUUUGAAACUUAAAUGGCCACUGAAUUUUUGGCAUAAUUUCUUGGGAAAAUGAGGUUUUUAACUGUUAGUAGUAACAGGACUCUCUCCCUCAUCUCUUUCUCAUUCUCUCUUUCUCUCUCUCUCUUGUGUUUUCUCCAUUUACUCCAAAUAUUCCACUGCUGAGGAUAUUUCCUCCUAUUCUAGUACUUCCUAACUCAGCAACCAAUAAGAAGUGGAGAGAUACUUUUUGGCAGCCACUACAAUGUAUACAGUCACCUUUUCCAGUGUCUGAAGUCUAAAGAGCACAGGAAGCUAAAAGCAGCUUAAUGAGUUCACUCUGGCAGCAAAGGAACAUAUAUUUCCAGCAAUAAAAUCAAGCAUAGGUUACCACUAACUGCCUGGGAACAAAGCUAUGAUUAAUGAAUAUUAACAAACACUAAAAGAUUACCACAUCGCAUAUGUCAGCUGUGCUCAGAUGAGCUUUUAGACAAAAAUAACCUAUUCAUGUCUAUAUUCUUGUCCAUCCAGUUCACUUAAUCACUGCAGGAUGCCAUCAUACUCUUUAUAAUUAAGGGAAACUGAAAUCACUGCCAGCUCUUCCUACAGUCACCAACCAGGCCCUCGUUUACAAGGGUGCUAUAAAUAAUGUGGCCUGAGUGACAUUCAAUCAUCAUAGGACAAUGUCCAAGCUGGUUUUCAGGAAAAAUCUUAAAAGCACUAAUCCUCUUCAUUCUGUUGAAUGAUCAUGGGUGCUCUGGGGAUAGGUUUUGUUUGAUGGCGAUGCUCAACAUAAAUCUGGUGAGAUAAUUUUUGAAAUUAGUGACUCGUUCCCAUUGUUAUUGGCUUAAAUUCAGCCUAGGAUUUUAAUGUAUUCCCAUAAUAACAAUAACUAAAUAAAACUAAAAUGGAAAUAGUGAACAUCUAACUAACCUAAGGCAAGGGGGAUAGUCUCACCUCAAGAGUCUUAACAAUCUUUUUUACUGCAGUACAUUUUGUUUCUUUCUCGUCACUCAUUUGUUUGACUACUUUACUGCCCCUGCCACUAACAUUUACUAAUAUAAUAUCUACUCUCUAAUAACUGUGGUAAAAGUCAUGAGAAGAAUGAAAAACAGAAACAACAAUCCUUGGCAAAAAAAAUAGCAUACUUCCAGCAGUGAAUGGUCUGAAUGAAUCAGUUAUUUCCUUACAUGGCUCUGUGCACAGCUCACACAGUCCCCCCUUCAAACUGAAGGUUGGCCUUCAGACUUAUAGGCUGUAGCAUGACUGGCCACUGCUGAUGUCAGUCAGACCAGCUGACUGUGUGAUUGUCCACUACCAGGACCUCCAGGGUCUGGCUGCCUGUAUAGAUAAAGAAUGUAAAUAUGUUCUAUAUUCUACUUAGCGAUGAUUUUAUUUUCCAGGUCUAUAUAAGAGAACCAGAGAUAACACUAGACGAUGUUCUGGUGUUCUAUGAUGCCAUACGAUGACUGUGUGAUUCCACAAAUGAGAGCUUUGUUUAUUUUCAUUCUCUAACUUCAUUUCUUUGCUGUGUGUAUUCAUGCAAUUAACUAAACCCAGCUCCGCCCCCCCCAUGAUCACCAGUUUCUAUGAACCCUUGGCAGACACUCACAUUCCCCAGUUAGGGUUGGUCUUGAAGGCGUCAGACUGUAUUGAAACAUUGUGCAGAUUCAGCAUCUUAUGGAUUUUCACUAUUACUUAUUAACUACAAAUAAUGUUAAUUUGAGACUUUUGCUAGCUAUUUUCCUAUAGCAUACCCCAACCAUCCUUAAUGGUAGUCUGCCACCAGAAUCCAAUAUAUUUUUAAAUCAAAGUUACUGUAGCUUAACAUUUAAUGGUAGUGUAGCAUCAAACAGGAACCUUGUUGGAGUGUUCAAGCAUGCUAAGAUUUCUAAGCAUUGAAAUUCACCUGCAAAUCCUUUUCACAGCUCUUUCACCGCAUCCAUGUUUGUAUACAGUCUCUUGGUUUGAUUUUACUGCAGGUAAUUUAAUGAAAACAAUACCCUCUGUGCAGGUCUUAUUUACUGCAGCAGAGGCUUCAAUACUCCCAUACACUGGGGACUAUUAUUGUCACUCACCACAACAUAUUCAUUGCAUGGCUGUUUGGUUUUAAAGACUAUGCAGAGAAGUGUAUUCGGAAAAGUGUAGUCUUAGUUGUCCCGGGUUCUGACACUGCACACACUCUACGUGCAACAGUUCUUAAUUUAUGUACCUAGAAAAAGGAGAUGCAAUCUCAAAAAAAUAUUUCCAUAAAAAAAAAAAAAGUAAGGCUGAGUCCAAGUUAAUGGAGCUUGACUGAUCCAGUUAGCCGGUUUGGAUUUGUGUGUGUGAAUGUGUAUGUUUGAUGUAAUAGAAAAAGGUGAAAAAGAUCAACAGAGUUGUUGAAAUUACCAGCCACACUGCCGCGCCUGCAGUACUCCUCUGACUCUGUAGGAGUCUCCCUUUUCUCUCUGUCAGCCUGCCCUCAUGGUUGUAUGGACUGUUAAAACCAAAAGGAGCCAUUUUCUACUGUUCACACUUGUCUUGCGCUCUGUCUUCUUUCUGUGGUUAUGACAACUCACACUGUCACAUUCUCUCUCCUCUCUCUGGUGUCUGUAUCCUCUCUCUAUCUUUGGUCAAUAAAGCUGAGUUUCUCCAGUGCCCCCCUGCCGUCUCCUGCUUGUUGUUCUUUCCAUCUGU